AUGAAAGUGCGCAUGAAUCCAGAUUUUCUCAAAGAAGUAAGGUUAGGGAAGUUAAAAACAAUCAAGGCGAACGAGAUUGAUGGAACAACCCCAGAAGGAAACACGACCCUUCACAUGGCUGCAAGAUUCGGGACUAAGGAUUUGGUAAAAAAUAUCAUCGAUCAGCGUCCUUCCCUUGCCUUUAAGAGCAAUAGCAAGGGGGAGACGCCGGUGCAUGUCGCGGCGAGGGCUGGACAACAUGAGGUCGUUGAAGUUUUCAUCAGUUCAGUGAAAGACUAUAAAGAGAUAUACAUCGGGAGGAUCAGAGAUAGAUUUGGUAAUACGCCUUUACAUGGUGCUGUCAGGAAUGGACAUCUUCAGGUAAUGAAUGCGUUGGCAGAAAAAGAUCCAGAUUCGUUAGUCUGGAUUAAUGAUGCAGGCGAAUCCCCACUUUCCAUUGCCAUUGAUAUGAGGUUGACUGAUAUUGCAAAAAGAAUCAUAACUUUGAAUAAUUCUACGCUUGAUUACCGUGGAAACAACGGCCAAACACCUUUGCAUUGUGCUGUCAUGAGGCAAGAUUUUGUUAUCAUGAGUACCAUCAUAGGUUUGAGAGAAGAUCUCGUUGGAAUGCCAGGUGAAAGAAAAAGGACUCCCCUUCACUAUGCUGCAGCCCUGGGUCAUCAAAGAAUGGUGCAGAAGUUAAUCAACCAAAAUCGUUCGAUUGCAUACGAACAAGACGUAGAUGAGCAAACACCUCUUCACUUGGCAGCAGAGAAUGGGCAAGUACGUCUUAUAGAAGCAUUGCUAAAGCCUUGCCCAGACACAAUUGAGAUAGUUGACAACAAGCAGCAAAAUAUUCUUCAUAUUGCAGCCAAGAAUGGAAAUGUGGAUGCGGUGUCAUAUAUUCUGAAGCUACCUGAAAUGGAAGAUUUGGUCAACUCUCCUGACGCAGAUGGAAACACCCCCUUGCAUCUGGCGGUCAGUAACUACCACAGCGAUGUGGUGGGUGUUCUCUCCAAGAACGCAAAGGUGGAAAUCAGGUCAAUCAACAACUCUAAUAAUACUGCUUUAGCAAUUGUUAAAUUGCCUGAUGGCCGUGGAAUGGAACUACAGAAGCAUUUAACCUUGAAAGCAUUAAAGAGUGCCUAUAAACAGAAAAUUAUUAAUCCUGAAGAUUUUCCUGAAAAUACACAAUUAAUUGAUGUAAAAGUAGAGAGGCCAAACAGCGAUGAUAAAAAGAUCAGGGACAUGGCUCAAAUAAUCUCAGUAAUGGCACCCCUUAUAGCUACAUUUACGUUUACAGCGGCUUUUACCAUCCCUGGAGGUUUUGUGAGUGAUGGUCCAGAUAAGGGCUUGGCAAUGUUAAUUAGUAAAUCAGCUUUCCAGGCAUUCGUUAUCUCUGAUGCCAUUGCCAUGACUUCAUCUAUUACGGCUGCAGUUAUUGUAUUUUGGUCAUCUUCACGUCGGGACACUGAAUCAUUCUUAGAUACCUUUCCUUUCGCCAUUGGUUUAACUUGGAUCUCACUUAUAGCAAUGGCACUAGCAUUUGUGACUGGAUUAUUUGUUGUGUUACAGAAGACGCUGUGGCUGGCUAUAUUGGUUUGUGUGAUUGGUUGUGCUCCUCCCUUCUUCCUUUACAUAUUUUCUCCUAUGUUUCUUCUUGUGUUCGAACGUGUUUCCAAGUCUCGAACCUCUCUCAGUAACCGGCAAAAUAUAGUUGAGGACAAUCCAUUUCUAUUUAUUGUUCGGUUGAUGAAGAUAUUUUUUGAAAGACUGAUUUUUAAAUGUUUAUGCUCGAGGUGUAAGAGUUCAUGUUGUUACCAACCGAACCAAGACUACACUGUAUCUGCCUGUUUGAAAGAAAGCACGCGACCGACAGUCUAG